AGCCACCUAAGCUCGCAUCUUUUUAACUGCGGUUAACACGAGAGUCUCGUACGUGGCUUUUCGGUAGGAUCUAAGUGCACUGUUCGCACACGUAGUGUAAUAUUCGCUGGCACGCAAGUGUGCGCUGAUUAUAACCCGAUAACGGUUAAAAAGUCGCUUGGCCUGGCUUCCGGAAUACAUCAAAAAUCAUCAUGAAAAUUCUCAUACUGCUACUCGGCUUGACGAUGAUGGCGAGCGCACAACUCAAUAGGUUUACGACUCCACAGCCGACGCAAUAUUAUAAUCCCAACUACUACGGCCGGCCUUACUACGCUAUACUGCGACAAUCGCAAGACUCCUCGCCGGACGGAUCGUAUUCUUACAGCUACGACACGGAAAACGGUAUCUCCGUAGCGGAGACGGGGCAACCGAAGAACAUUGGACCUAAUCAGAUCGAGGCGGUCAGAGGUCAAUACAGUUACACAGCACCGGACGGCACGCCGAUUGUGGUCACUUACACGGCUGAUGAGAACGGCUUCUUGCCGAGCGGCGCCCACCUGCCGACACCUCCGCCGAUACCGCUGGCGAUACAACGCGCCCUGGCAUAUAAUGCUGCUCAUCCCGAAGAAGAGGAGCCCUACAGGAGAUAUUAGAGCUCGCUAUGUCUACGCUAGGACCGCCCAACUUGCUUCGAUAUAUCAAAUACGUCUCAAAUAUAUUUCAUAUAUCAAAUCUCCGCUUUUCAAUAUAUAUCUCAAUGAUACAUUUUAUCGUUAACCAUCAUUUGAUCAUUUAUGAGAUUCUUUCGAAGCGGAUGGUUUGACCGGCUAUUAAUUAUGGAAAUAAAUAUCACAGCGGAAAAGCGGUUAAAUUUUAUGUCUUGUCCUUGUGCUUCGCCGAAAACAUUUCGGAAGAUCGAGGGUCGCGUUCGUCGAUCAUGCGCGAUUGUUCCAUGGGUGUUAUAUAAAUGACGAGCUUUAUCGAAAAGUAUUGAUGUCAAAAUUAUACGAGCAAGACAAAGCACGAUUAGACGACAUAAUGUAAGAUCGAUUAGUACAAGUGACAAGAGAGCACAAGAAAAAAAAAAUAAAAGAUAUGAAAUAUCAUUAUUAAAUUUUUUUUUUAAAUUUCUCUCUCUUCAAAUUAUAUUCUUAAAAUUUUGAUUAAUAAAUGUAAGACAAAAAGUAUUGCAUGACUCUAGAAUAUUUUGUUUUUUGAGUAAAGUAUAUGGAUGUAAUUAAAGAAGAUGUUCAAUUAAAAUAUAGAAUUCGCUUCGCAAAAAUAAUAUUUCAUAUAUUUUAAAUAGCCACGAUUAAAGUGUAACAAAAAGAAAAUUGUAUUAAAAAUGCUGUAAUUUAUUGAUAAAAUCAGUAAACGAUAAUUAUUAUUAUUAAAAUCCAAAUUAAAAUAAAAUAUACGUUGGGCAAAAUUAUCAUAUAUUGUAUAUGCUAUGCGCAGCAUCCUAUGUUCAGUAAAGUUCAGCAUUAUUUCAUAAUACGAGAUAUGAUAGUAUUUUAAAUAGGAGUUACAAAAUCGCCUUAUCCUUAUCCGAGAGAGAUCAAUAUAUUAGAGAGUUUAUGUCGAGCGGUGCAAUAUUUACGAGUUGAGUUAUUUCUUGAUCUUCAAACGAUUACUUCACUUAAAAAAAUCGCGUUUAUAUAAUAGACUCGCAAAGAUAAUUUUAUCGCCCCAUGCUCAAAUUAAAUUAUGCAUCAUUUUGCAUACGUAAUUAAAUGGAAGCAACGUUGCUCGUACUCAUCGUUGAUGACGGCGCUCGUCGUUUAAAACAUGCCUUAGCUCUAAGUAGUAUAAACUGUUGAGUUUGUGUGAAAGUAUAAAAUUGAUAGAACUUGCGUGUUAAAAUAACAAAUUUUACACAUACAUAUUUUUAAAGGGAGAAUUAAAAAUGUCUUUUAUCAACAAGAUUUGUGUAAAAUUUUUAAGAAAAAAAGCAGACUCAAUGAUAAUUCUUUAUAUAUAACAAAUUUAAGGAAAGAAGAUUUGUCAGAAUUUUGUAUUAUACUGUUUAAAGUUAACCGACAAGUUAAUGAUAUUCCGCGCGUAUCACUUGAAAAUCUACCGAAUAUAAAGUGUUCGCUUUAUUGAUUAUAAUAUGAAAAUAUUACGCUGACAUGAGAGAGAGAGUUGCGAUCGAGGUCCUGCGUAUCCUGCGAUUACACACCGAUUUUUCGAGCAUUUAAUUUUUCUAUUCGCGGCAAAAAGUUGUAGAGACGAGGGAGGGAAUAGAAAUUUUGGCGAUGCAGAUGCCUAGAUAACAAUAUAUCGUAUCUUACAAUUGUGUUGUAUUGUAUCAUAUAUGCUAUCUUAUUAAAUCGUUUAAUAUCACAUACGUAUCCAUGUAUUCCGAGUACCGUAAUCACGUGUCUAUUAUUAUGACGCGUAAUCAAGAUACAUAUUAAGGACCCGUUCUUGUUUUGUGCCUUUAACAAGAUUUUUAACAAACCGGGUAUGAUCAGCGUACAAUAAUAAAUUAUGUUAUUACGC